AUGUUUCAGAGGCUGAAGAACAUCGCUACCCAGUCGGCGUGGAUAGCCGAUCCGCCCUUCACUGAGAAGGAGCUGCCGGACCAACAAGGCAAGGUUCACAUCGUCACGGGCGGCUACUCAGGCGUUGGCCUGGAGCUGGUGAAAAUCUUGUACGCCAAGAACGCAACCGUCUACGUCGCCGGUCGCAGCGCCGAAAAGGCCAACGCCGCAAUCAAAACGGUCAAGGAAGGAGCCAAUCCGGAUGCUGGCGGCCAAGGGCGGGUCGAGUUUCUGCAGCUGGACCUCGCCCAUCUGGCUAGUAUCAAGAAGAGUGCCGAUGAGUUUUUGGCCAAGGAGCAGCGGUUGGACGUGCUGACGAACAACGCCGGCGUCAUGUUCCCGCCGAAGGGGAGCAAGACGGAGGAGGGCCACGACCUCCAGCUCGGUACCAACUGCCUUGGGCCUUUCCUUUUCACCCAGCUUCUUCUCCCACUCCUGCGCAAAACCGCCGCAUCGUCGCCUCCGGGUUCCGUCCGCGUUACGUGGGCUGCCUCGUUGGCCAUCGACCUCCUCUCACCCGCGCACGGCGUCGACCUCGACGAAGAGACGGGCGCACCGAAGGUGCUCUCACUCCCCCAGCAGAACUACGGGCAGAGCAAGUCUGGCAAUCUGUUCCUUGGCACUGAGUUUGCGAGGAGGUAUAGUAAGGACGAUGGAAUCGUGAGCGUAUCUUGGAACCCUGGAAACCUGUAUACGGACCUAUACAGGCACACCGGAGCUAUCGAGCGGGUGGUCGCUGGUGGCGUGCUCUACCCUCCCAUCAAAGGCGCGUACACUGAGCUCUACGCCGGCUGGUCUCCCGACAUCAGCAUCGACAACAGCGGAUGUCUCGUCCUACCAUGGGGCCGCAUUCAGCAACCUCGGAUCGGGCUCGAGGAGGCAAUCAAGCGGAAGGACGAGGAGGGCGGCUUGGGUAUCGCCGAGAAGUUUUGGGAAUGGUGCGAGAGGGAGACGAAGGCAUAUAUGUAA